AUGCUUCUUCGUUUACCGCCGAGUCUCCACUACCCCAUCACCGUUACGUCGCUGCUGAAGAAGCCGGGUGAUGAGGUGGAGAGGGACGAGGCGCUGUUUUGGUAUGUAUACGAGACAACUGUGACGGAGGGAGAUGGGUGGGGGAACAAGGUCGACGUCAAGCGGACGUUUCCUACUCGAUUCGAGUCGACCGUUGAUGGGAAUAUUGUGCACUGGAAGAUUAGCAAGGGCGACGUUAUCGAUGGGCCUGUUGAUGUUAUCGAGAUCGAUGAGCCAUGUGCGCACGAAGUUCAGUAUGGCGGCCUCUGCGCCGAGUGUGGGAAGGACAUGACUGAGGCGAAUUAUAAUACAGAGAUCACGGAUUCUAUGCGCGCUCCCAUUCAGAUGACGCAUGAUAACACCGCGCUCACCGUAAGCGAACGCGAAGCCGUACGCGUGGAAGAAGAUGCGAAACGGCGUCUGUUAUCAAAUCGAAAACUCUCGCUAGUAGUGGAUCUUGACCAAACGAUCAUUCACGCGGCAUGUGAUCCUACCAUCGGGGAGUGGAUGGCGGACAAGGAUAGUCCGAACCACGCAGCACUGAGCGAUGUACGUGCGUUUCAGCUGGUAGAAGACGGUCCUGGGAUGCGUGGCUGUUGGUACUAUAUUAAGCUGCGUCCAGGGCUGGAAGAAUUUUUAGAGAACGUCUCCGAGAUGUACGAGCUGCACAUCUACACGAUGGGAACUAGAUCAUAUGCCCAAGCUAUCGCUGGUAUCAUAGACCCAGAUCGGAAGCUCUUCGGUGAUCGUAUCCUCAGUCGUGACGAGAGUGGAAGUUUGUCUGUCAAGAACCUGCAUAGACUCUUCCCCGUGGACACAAAGAUGGUCGUCAUCAUCGACGACCGCGGGGAUGUUUGGCGGUGGAGCCCUAAUCUUAUCAAGGUCAUACCGUACAACUUCUACGUUGGGAUUGGGGACAUCAACUCAAGCUUUCUACCCAAAAAGCAGGAUGAGUUGGAAGCUCCAGGGGAAAAUCAGGAAACGAGUUUAACCCCACCAAUCCAAUCACACGUCAAUGGGUCGACCGAAAGAUCCGACGCAACAGAGAUGUCAACAUUGGAGCAGCUGGUGACAAUGGGCGGUGGGGACAAUCCGAGGCUGCUGCAAGAACAGACGGAGGCGCAAGACGAGACGAUAUUACAUCAGGUCGAGGACCGUCCACUUUUACAGAGACAGAAAGAGUUGGAUGCCGAGGAUGACUCGGCAGACUCGAGCGAGUCCAGCGUGGACGAGUCUCAAGAUCCAGAUAGGCAACGGCAUCAUCUGCUUAUUGACAAUGACCAAGAACUCAUCAAGCUCUCUGAUCGACUUGAGCAGGUUCACCGAAAGUUCUAUGAUGAGUACGAUAAGAAACGUGCGCGAGGCUUAGGAGGACGGGUGGCAGCCCUACGUGGCGAAAAGGCUAUAUCGAAGGAAAAAGACGUAGACCUAAAGCUACUCCCUGAUGUCAAGGAAAUCCUACCGGCGAUCAAGCGCCGCGUCAUUGGUGAUGUUUUCGUCGCCCAUUCGGGCUUAUGGAAAUUGAACGAGGACAUGGCCAACAUCGAGUUAGCUCAACAUGCAAGGACUUUCGGUGUCGUGUUCGAGAACCGAAUCACCCACAAAACCACUCAUCUCCUCUCAGCUGGCAAGCGCACCGAGAAAUUCCGACAAGCAGCCAAGAAUCCAAGGAUCAAGAUCGUCUGGAAGCAAUGGCUUAUAGACAGUUUACUGCAGUGGAAACGCCUAGACGAAGGCCCAUAUCUCGUUGCCAUCCAUCCGGACGAGCAAGCCAGUUCUAAAGAAGUGGCCGAGAGUUCCUGGAUUUCAACAUCCGAUGAAGAAGCCACGGGCGGGUAUCUCACAGAUACCGAGGACGCGUCGGAGCUCAACGACGAAAUCCUCAAGUCCGCUGGGAUCACAGACCUUGGUUUCGAUCAAGAUGAGGAGGCAGCCGUUCACGACGAACUCAGGGAGUUCCUAGGUAGUGACGACGAAAGCGAAAGCGACACCGAGGCGUCUUGGAUUGAGAAAAAUGAACGCCCUCCUACCUCUAACCCAGAACUGAAACGCAAGCGCGACGACGGAGCCGACACCGAAGAAGAAAAUAACUCGGAUACCCAAGAAUCCGGUGACGUCGCAGGCUCUCGUCUUGCGCAGCGCAUCAAGCGGUCUUAUGAGCGUAGCACAGGGUUAAAAGAAGUCGCUAGCACGAUUACAAGCGGACCAGGUUCAAAUCCUGAUGCUACUGCCAGCACCAGCACCGAUACCGACACCGUCGAUGCCGAUGUCGAUGCCGAUGUCGAUGCCGAUGUCGAUGACAUGCCCGACGUGGCAUUCCCCGAAACAGAAGAAGAGGCCGCUGCAUCUCGCAACCCAGACUCAACGUACCCUGAAGACCCCGCCGAGGAUGACGACGAAUUGGAGCGCGAAAUGCUUGCCGCUUUCGAGGAAGGCGGGUAUGACUCCAACGCCGAAGAGGCCAUUGCUGAGGACGACGGCUAG